AUGGAGCCGCCCGAGCGCGGAGGAGCGCAGAGCAGCAGCCAUGGAUUGGUGUUGUCGCUGCGCGCCGGCCUCCUGAGCUGGGCGGUCGCUGCAGCGGCGUGCGUGCACUCGCUCAUGCGCACGCGAUCUCUCCUCGAGUGGAUACGCGGAAUCGAGUCGCUUCUGCUCUGCUGGGUUCUCGUCGCGCUCACGAGCUACGUCGUCAUGGAAAUCUCCACGAGGCUGUUCAUCGGCAAGCUCCGCGUCUUUGAGCGAAACCGCGCAAAGGAAAAGAUCUUCGAAAAAGCGGUACAAGCUGCGAUGCUCGUGGUAGGAAUCUCGUACGACCUCCGGGAGAGCCUUUACUGGGUGAUUUGGCUCACUCCGCCGGUCUUCAUGGAGGCGUCACUUCGCGUGGUCAAGGAUCGCCUGGACAACCCCAUCCCCGCGGAAGCCACGCGCAGCGACUCCAGCGGCCUUCCGUUUUUCCUCUACUCGCUUGUGAUUCUCCUCGGCGCGCUCGCGUGGACCCUCGUCGGCUCAGGCGUCUUCUACGACGCGCACGCGAAAACCAAACUCAUUCUUCUCUACGAUGUCACUGCGCUCACGCUCUCGUGCUUCGCCGUGCAGCUGUCUCUCCUCGUCGCGCCGCACCACACGUACUGGUCUGCAGUUUUGGUCUCGACGCAGUUGAUGCGCAUCUUCACGGGGCUGCUUCUCGUCGCGCAGCAAUUUCUCGUCUGGCAACAGGGCGCAAGCGGCCUCCUUCACAUCGCUGACCUCCUCCUCUUCAUGCGCGUCAAAAACGCCUUCGGCGUCAUACACCAAGCUUCGCAGGCUCUCCGGAACCACGUGCUGGUGUGCCGCACGCUGGGAAGCGUGCUGCCUGACGUCGAGGGCGAGGAGGACGAGCAGGGCGACACGCCAGCGGCCUCAGACCAGUUCUUCUGCGUGAUUUGCCGGGAGACUCGGAGGCGCGGAGAGGGCUUCAAGCGUCUGCCGUGCAGCCACUCCUUCCACUUCUCCUGUCUGCAGCAGUGGCUGACAGCGAGCUCCAGCGUCAUCUGUCCCAUCUGCCGCGCCCCGGCGUUGCCGUCCUCGGCGCGCGGCGCUGAGUCGAGGCCUUCUUCCGCGCGACCGACGACAGAGGCAGAAAGAAGGCCUGCAGGCCGAGAAACGCAUGCGCGGGAUGCAAGAGGAGCAGAUGGAAAUCAAGAACUUUCUUCUGCUCUCUCCUCUUCGUCUUCGUCCUCUUCGUCUCUUUCCUCUUCGUCUUCGUCCUCUUCGUCUUCGUCCUCUCCGUCUUUUUCGUCUUCGUCUUCGCCCUCCGCUUCUUCCUCUUCCCCGUCUUCUUCCCUUCCUUCCUCUGCUUCUUCCUCAUCUUCCGCUCCAUCAUCUUCUUCUCCGUCAGAGUCUUCCUCUUCGUCUGCAGUGUCUCCUUCCUCUGAAGGGACCGGGGCUGCGGCUUCCACUUCCGGCAGCCCCUCGUAUGCACAGCGGUAUGAAUCGAGUUCCUCCUCUUCCGCCUCUUCUCCGCCUUCGUCGGACCCCGCACCUGCUGCAGGCCCUACUGGACUGGCGCCUUCUCUCAGUUUCUUACCUCCUUCGCCUGCUUCAUCUUCGUCUGCCACUUCUUCGAAUCGUGAGUCCGACGAACCCGCUGCGCCGCCUGUUCAGGUGCCUGCAAGCGUCUCUGUCGGCGCCUCAGAACCGUCUCCUGUCUCUUCCUGCUCCGCUGCCGUCUCGGGUCGCGCGGCUGCGUCCGCGCCCCCAACCGAGGCGGCUGCUGCAACGCCGGGCCUCGCCCUCGCUCACGCGACCUCGGCGGCGUCGUCUCCUUCCCGCGCAUCCUCUCCUGCUGCGUCUCCGCCUUCCUCGUCGGCCGAUCCCCAUUCUCCAGCGUCUGCUGUUUCGGCGGUUUCUUCGUCCGCUGCAGCCUCGCACGCACCUAGCGCCUCGGGUUCGCUUCCUUCCUCUGGGGCCGCAGCGGCUGCGUCGCUCAUCGCCGCAGCAGCUGCCGAGGCCGCGGCUGGGCGGCCUCAGCGCGACGACGGGGCGACGGAGCAAGUCGCGGAGUCUGAAGACGACGAAUUCGACGGGGAGCCCUAUACGCCGCUGGUCGUCGUCGUGGCCUUGCCCUCUUCGGACCCGCAGACGGUCGCUGCAGCCGCGGACCUCUUUGGCUCGUUCUCUCCGAUUCCUCCCUCGGUCGUCGCGACCGCGGUCGCGGCGCAGGCAGGGACAGUCCCUGUGGGGUCGGGGACGGGAGGGGCGACGGCGACCGCGGGGGGCCCGACCGCGGGGACGGAAGAGUCAGUUCACCCAGCGGGGCCGAGCGUCCCCUCUUCUUUGGCCUCACGCUCCGGCCUCCCAGGAGGCGAAGAAGGAAGAGGCCAAGAAGCCGAGCAAGUAGAGAGGCAAGACGCGGAGGGCGUUUCUGGGCCUCCGUCUGGUCCUGCGCGCAGCGACGAGGAAACUGCAGCAGCUGUUGCUGUUGAAAUGCUUGCAGAGGAGUCAGCGGCUCUCGCAGCGGAGCCCGCGAUCGCAGCGGCGACCCUUUGGGGCAUGAGGCACGUCACCGCCAUGCGCCUCUCACCCGUUGCAGCCUUCCACGUCGAAUUGCCGGAAUUCUUCUUGACUCUCGCGGGCUACCAAGCCCCGGGUCUCCUAGGGCGCCUUUUUGAUCGCAUCGCUCGCUACCUCAUCUACCUGGCAGGCGUUCGCGCGAUUCCCUUGCCGCCUCUUCCGCGGCUCGAGGCCGCUGAGCCCGCCCCCGCGCCGCCUUCGCCUGAUCCCUUGCCCGUGGUCGCUCCAUCGAGUGCAUCGGAAGCGCCGAGUUCUGCCGCGUCUUCCUCCUCGUCUUUGUCUCCUCGUCUGUCUCCUGCUGCCUCCUCGGCCGCGUUGCACGGGGGCACUUCGUCACCGUCGUCCGCGUCUCUCGCUUCACCCGCCGCUUUUUCGUCUUCUCUCCCUCUGGGCUCUUCAUCCCAGUCUGCAUCUCACCGUCUGCCUGUCUCUGCAUCUUCUCCUCUUUCGCCUCCUUCUCUCGCUGCGUCUGCUGCAGGCCCUUCCCGUGCACCGCAGUCGUCGACGUCUUCUGUCCUUCGUUCGUCGCCUCCGCAGGACGUGCGGCAGGACGCGCGACGUGACCUGCCCUCGGACCGAGAGGACGUCCCCCCGCCGACGUUGCUUCCAGCAGACAGCCAUGCGAGGGAGUCGCAAACCGACGGGGGAUUGCACGGAGAGAAGGGAGAACUUCAGGAUUCCUCCUCUGGUCUGCGGGCAGCCCUCGCUUCCGAGCCACGCGCCCAAGAGGACAACGGAGACGAUUCACUAUGCGCGCAAAGGGCGAGGCACAGUCGCGAAGAAGCUGACGAAGGGAGAAAAGAGAGUUCGGAAAAUCACGAGUGA